AUGAGUUUUGCAAUCAGCCGAGCUUAUUUCAGUGACGAAGAGUACGAAGCUGGCUGCUGCCAGCUAUUCGUUGAGAAUUUAGCCCAUGAGGCUCUAGGGUGGUUCUCCCGUCUCCUGCCGAACUCGAUAUGGAGCUAUCACGAGCUUACCACCGCCUUUCUCCAACAUCACUCUACAUUCAUGAUUCGAGGUGCGUCGAACGCCGAUCUCUGGAAUAUGUUCCAGCGAAACGACGAAUCUCUCCGAGACUUCAUGGAGAGGUUUAAAAGAAUCGUCUCGAAGCUCUCGAUUGUCGACGAUACAUCAAUAUCAGCUCUCCGAAAUGCUCUCGCUCACGGCUCCCAAUUUAGGGAAGACAUAAUAAUACACGAGCCCCUGACUCUGGAUGACGCACUACACCGUGCUAACAGAUACAUAGAGUUAGACGAAGAGAAGGCAUCAAGGACAAACCGUCCAGAACCCCCGGCCCCCAAAUCGUCCAAAGGAAAAGAGAAGGCACAAGACGAGCAUCACGAGCCUCGUCAACACUUUGACAAAGAAUACGCCGAUAAGUUGGACAAAGGAAAGAAAGUCCAAACGUUUGCAGUUAGUAAUCAAGAUCCCAAGGCAUCUUCAUCAAGGCCCUGGAAUAACAAGUGGGUCCGAGACCCAUCAGGAAAGGGUGGCAACAAAUAUUGCGAAUACCACAAGCGAGCAGGACACUCAACAGAAGAGUGCCGCACCCUCCAACAAAUAUUGCUCGACAAAUUUAAAGAAGGCCAAAUUGACGUCGAUCUCGAGCGACGACAAAUAGCCGUUCACAGGGAUAACCAUUUCUUCAAUCCUGAGAACGAAAACCCAAGCAAGCAAUAUGACACCGCCCCCGCGCCACAACCGAGACCCGAAACUCUACCUCCGCCCCCACCAACCCAUAAAAGGAAUCACGAGCGAACUGAGGAUGCCAACGCUCCGGCUCCACGCCGAAGAAUAAACAUGAUCAUGGGUGGUCUGGCGACUUGCCGCGACUCGGUCCGUUCUAUCAAAGCUUAUCGACGGGGACUAGAGGCCAAGCGAGGAUGGUUAGCUCAAAGCACGCCACCUACUACGAACUCCGAUCCAAUCGUGUUCACAGAAGCCGACGCAUCAGGUCUAACUGGACCUCAUAACGACCCACUGGUGGUCGAGAUGGCGAUCGGCGAAAGCAUGGUUACCAAAAUCUUGAUCAACACAGGUAGCUCGGUAAACGUCAUUUUCAAAGACGUGCUCAUUCAAAUGGAAAUCGACUUGCGGGCCACCAAGCACGAUGUUCAACCUCUCACCGGAUUCGACAGCGACAGGGUGAUGACGGAAGGUACGAUCAUGCUGCCAGUCUAUGUGGGCGGGACGAUGCAUUGCAUCAACUUUGCUAUCGUCGACAAGCCGAUCGUAUACAACGUCAUCCUCGACACUCCUUGA